UCCAUGCUUAGCUCGCAAAAUUUGACUACUCUGCCCUCUUUGGCUGCUUCCUUCCUUCGAGAAUUUCAUGGUCAGGAUCUCAUUAUUUGUUUCGUAUGGGGACACGACUUGGAUGAGGCUGCGUGGACUCAUGUUCUCAUAUAUGCCUGAAGAAAUUUGGUUCAGGCAAGGGCAAGCUAGCCAUGUUUUUCCAAGCUGUCCUUCUGGUGUCCAGCUUAGUUUGUUUAGCAGUUUCUCAAGAUCUCAGUUUCCUCUACAAUGGCUUCCGAUCCGCUAAUCUAAGCCUUGAUGGUUUAGCUGAGAUCACCUCUAGUGGCCUUUUGAAGCUCACCAAUGACACAAAGCAGCAAAAGGGUCACGCCUUUUUUCCAAACCCAAUAAAUUUCAAGAACUCAAAUGGCUCAGUUUUCACCUUUUCUACUACUUUUGUUUUUGCUAUUGUACCUGAAAUUUCAAGUGUUAGUGGUCAUGGGAUUGUGUUUGUGAUUGCACCAACAAAAGGCUUCCCUGGCUCUCGUCCCAGCCAGUUCCUUGGGUUGUUUAAUGAGACCACCAACGGUAAUAAGACCAACCAUGUUGUUGCAGUAGAGCUUGACACCAUCUAUAGCAGCGAGUUCGGUGAUAUCGAUGACAAUCAUGUCGGAAUAGAUAUUAAUGGGUUAAGGUCUGAAGUAUCUGCUUCAGCAGGAUAUCGUACUAAUUCCAGUGGGAAGCUCACAAACUUGACCCUUAUCAGCGGCCAACCAAUGCAAAUUUGGGUGGACUAUGAUGGUGCAAGGAAGCAACUUGAUGUCACUUUAGCUCCAAUUAAUAUUGGUAAACCCAGGUUUCCUCUUUUGUCUUUAGCUCUUGAUCUGUCUCCAAUCUUGCGAGAUACCAUGUACGUUGGUUUCUCAUCAUCUACAGGCUCUGUCCUAACAUCACAUUAUGUGUUGGGUUGGAGCUAUAAGAUGAAUGGCCCAGCUCAAGCACUGGAUCUUUCUCAACUUCCUAAGCUUCCUCGAAUUGGACACAAGAAGAGAUCAAAAUUUCUAACAGUUGGGCUACCUACAAUUUCUGUAAGUUUGGCUUUUAUAGUAAUCUCAGGUUUAGUUUAUUUCAUAAGAAGGAAAAGGAAGUUUGCAGAAGUCCUUGAAGAUUGGGAGCUUGACUAUGGGCCUCACAGAUUCAAAUACAAAGAUCUAUACAUCGCCACUAAAGGAUUUAGAGACAAGGAACUAUUGGGUAGUGGUGGAUUUGGUAGAGUCUAUAAAGGAGUGUUGCCAACUUCCAAGAUUGAGAUUGCUGUAAAGAAGGUAUCCCAUGAAUCAAGACAAGGAAUGAAGGUUUUUGUGGCAGAAAUUGUUAGCAUUGGCCGGCUUCGUCACCGGAACCUAGUAACGCUCUUGGGCUAUUGCCGGCGAAAAGGAGAACUACUUCUGGUCUAUGAUUACAUGCCCAAUGGAAGUCUGGACAAGUACCUGUAUGAUCAACCACGAGUCACCCUGAAUUGGGAACAAAGGUUUAAAGUCAUAAAAGGUGUAGCUUCAGGACUGCUCUAUCUGCAUGAAGAAUGGGAACAAGUAGUGAUUCACAGAGAUGUCAAGGCCAGCAAUGUGUUGCUAGAUGGUGAAUUGAAUGGGAGAUUGGGAGAUUUUGGCCUUGCUAGAUUAUAUGACCAUGGAACAGAUCCUCAAACUACUCAUAUUGUUGGUACUCUUGGUUAUCUUGCACCUGAACACACUCGAACAGGAAAGGCCACAACAAAAACUGAUGUGUUUGCUUUUGGUGCAUUUUUACUUGAGGUUGCCUGUGGUAGAAGGCCAAUAGGUCGAAGAGAACAAGCAGAGGAUCUAAUCUUGCUUGACUGGGUGUUUUCUCUGUGGGUAAGAGGUGAAAUGCUUGAGGCCAGAGAUCCAAAUUUGGGUAGAGACUAUAUAGCAGAAGAAGUGGAAAUGGUGUUGCAGCUUGGCUUGUUGUGUUCACAUUCUGAGCCUGAAAUUAGGCCAAGCAUGCGCCAAAUUGUGCAGUUUUUGGAGUGGGAUACUCCUCUUCCUGAGUUGUCAUCCCUUGGACUCUCUGCGAGUGGCCUAACUUUUGCAAAUCCUGAAGGUUUUAGCGAUUUUGCUAUGUCUUAUCCAUCUUCCAUGAACAAUGCAUUCUCACAUUCAUCUUCUAUAGCCGAGUCCCUUCUCUCAGGAGGCCGCUGAUUUUCUUUCUUCCUUUUUUUUUUUUUCUCCUUUUUGUUAACAUCUGCUGAUAAUAAUGUCGUUGUCUUCCUGGUUUUGUAGAUGUUAGGGAAGAAAUAAAAAGGCAUACAGCAAGAGCUUUUUGUUCUAUAGAACCUGAAAUUGUCAAGACUGACAUUAAGCAUAUCAUCAUAAGCCAGAAGAAGCUCGCGUAAAUUAGACAGUAACCAAGAACCCAAACCAAAUUUGGGAUGUUGCAGCCGACCAAUUCUGCCAAUCUCCGCCAAUAAAUUCUGUGAUUCCUUGUUUGGAAUUGUGAGAAAUUCUCUUCACAGCCGCAAGGGUAUUUGACAUAGGCAACACCCCUUUAUAGACCUCUCAAAAUCCUCUUUUUCCAAGAAUCUCCCUCUCAGUAAAGCCAUUGGAAGCCACAGAUAGCUCCCUGUACGAGAACCUAUGACAUCCAAAAUCAAUUUCCCAGUCGUCAACUAUCUCUAUGACCUUGGCCUUCUUGCUUCUCCAUGAAGUGAUGAAAGUGACUAUUAUUGCCACCAGAGUCAGUUCUGCUGACGACAAUCCAACUACCAAGCCCAUCAAAUUGAAAGCUCCAACCAAGAACAUAAUGAUUCUGAUCUGGUUUGGUCUGUUGAGGAAGAAAAACCCACAAACAUUCUGUCCAAGAUGACCAGUGAGAUAUCAAUAUCCAAACACAAAAGUGGAAGGUUAGGCUUACUAAUUUGAAUAUGAAUUGGAGACAAAGUAAUAUUAAGUUGCUUCUUAAUGGCAUGAUAUUCCACUCAAAUCUGGAAAAUUAUUACACACAAUGUGGAAUGAUUUUAUUAUAAUUAUCGAACAUGAGAGAAUUUAUAUGAUUCGCUGUUAAUAUCUAAUUACAGGUAAAAUAGAAUUAGACGGAGUCAAAUAAAUGCUUCAAACAUGUCGUUUUUUUUUUAAAGGUCAAGAAAGUUCUUGAAAAAAUCCUUGUGUCUACUGCUUCCAUCACCACCCGCGAGAAUAAUAUUGAAAAAUAGUCUCAACGUUCACAGUAAAUGAACAAGAUUAAGCAUAUGCAACCCAGAAAUUGAAGACACCUUGAAGCAUCAAAGCUAAAGAAGAUUGCUAGAAAUAAAGAAGCGCCAUUAUGCUUUCGCCUGAACCAUAGAGAAGUAAGCUGAGAGAGCUCAACCGGCCAUCUCUUUGUCUUGAGGAUCUCCCACUCAUGACGAGGGGAAUGUUACAAUCUCGACAUCAAUAAAAAGUUUAACACCUCCACAACUGAAAAGAA